AUGGAUCCUCUAUCCAUCACUGCCAGCGUAAUCGCCGUCGCAACACUCGCCGCGAAGCUCUGCGCCACUUUCAGCAGCCUUCGCGAAGUCUGCAACGUUCUGCCCGGACGACUGCAUGCGCUGAACAACGAGAUUGUGGAUUUCGAGGCUGUCUGCCGACAAGUUGGAUCCGCGCUAGACGAACGCGCCGCCGCCGAACUAGACGCGGCUACUGACGCUGCAAUCCGCCGCCUCCUCCAACAAGCAAGACAGACGCUAGUGGAGGUGCACGCCGUUCUCGCUGCUAUUGUCGCCACGUCUCAUCGCAACCGUGUGGCCGGUGUCAGGGCGUGGAAAAAAGAGCACGCCCGCCUGGAGCAACUCCAGAAUGAGAUCAAAACUGUCAAGUCCUCCCUCAACAUCCUGAUUGGCACCUCCCAGUCGUAUGUACCCGGGCGCAGUCCUGCUUCUGUCUUCUGGGCUCGCUAA